AUGUGCCCAGACGAAGAAGAAUGUCCUACACCGACUCAUACCAGCGUCUCGAGCGAAACAAUCAGCCAUCCGCCUCUGGAUAUGAAUGAAACAAUAUUUUAUGCAGGAGCGGCUCCCUGGAAAAGCAACAAAUACAUAAUCCGUGACCCUGAAAGCAAGCUCGUCAUCGCUCUCAGAAACGAUGUUUUGGGGCUAUUCUCUGAACGAUACUAUUAUGGCGGUGCAGGCCGCUGGCGCUCCAUUGAGAAUGGUCAUAUGUGGCUCGGUUUCAGAAAUAUCAUUUCAGGAACAUACAUUGGGCAUGAUGGCAAGGGGAAGUUUGUUGCAAAUGCAAAGCGCCAUAGUGAUUGGGAGUGUUUCUGUACACGGCAGCACCCGAGCGGAGGCCAUUUACUCCUAAUGAAGGAGAAGAAGGAUGAUCUCGACGGUUUCUUUUCGAUGACAACUGGGGGGAAGGAUAAUAAGAAGUUGCUGGCAUCCACCAAACAAGAAGGGGGAACAGCGUGGGAAUUUAUCAGGGUUGAUCCUGGGUUUGAGUUUUAG